GCAGAAUACGACAGCCGGUUAGCCAUUUUCUCACUGCAAAUCUCGGUAUAGAAGUUGUGGUUGGUGAGCAUUAGGGCGCAUCACGUGAGAGAUUAAGCGAGACGCCAACUUCCGGGGCGAACGUCAAUUUGAAUUGAUAAGCAGCGGAUCGCACAAAACACCGACGUCGCCGUCGCCAUCUUUCUUUCAUCCUCCUCCACCCGUCGAAACCUCACCCCGACACCUUCAAAAUGGCCCGCCGACCUGCCCGCUGCUACCGCUACUGCAAGAACAAGCCGUACCCCAAGUCCCGCUUCAACCGCGGUGUGCCCGACCCCAAGAUCCGCAUCUUCGACUUGGGCCGCAAGCGUGCCUCCGUGGACGACUUCCCGCUCUGCGUCCAUCUUGUUUCCAACGAGUUGGAACAGCUCAGCUCUGAGGCGCUCGAAGCCGCGCGUAUCUGUGCUAACAAGUACUUGACCAAGAACGGUGGCAAAGAUGCGUUCCAUCUACGCGUGAGGGCACACCCCUACCACGUCGUCCGCAUCAACAAGAUGUUGUCGUGCGCUGGUGCCGAUCGUCUUCAGACCGGUAUGCGUGGUGCCUUCGGCAAGCCACAGGGUCUCGUUGCCCGUGUCAAGAUCGGACAGAUUCUCCUCAGUGUCCGAACUAGGGAUUCCCAACGUGCCCACGCUCUCGAGGCCAUGCGCCGAUCUCAGUACAAGUUCCCCGGCCGCCAAAAGAUCAUCGUCUCCAAGAACUGGGGCUUCACCUCCAUGCGCCGCGAGGAAUACAUCGAGGCCAAGAAGGCCGGCACCAUCAAGCCUGACGGCUGCUACAUCAAGAUUCUGUCUACCAACGGACCGAUUGCGAAGAACGUGGCGGCUUUCCCGUCUGCUUUCACUGCGUAAGCAUGAUGGGUGACAUGGGAUAGCGAAUGGAGAGAUGGAGAAAGGGUUGUGCUCAUUCAAAACCGGAGGUUGUGUAGUUCAGAUACCAAUGCAACAUGAUCCGAUCACC